CAAGGUCAAGAGGAACAGCACAGUAAGAUGUGGAAGAGAAUCAACCAUCAACUCAAGAUCAAAGCAGGGGAUGGGCCUCAGGUAGGCCAGUUCAAGAAAUUGGGUUCAGCUCAGGAACUCACCGUGCCACACCCUCUAGCGCUAUCAGAAUUCCAGAGCUUCCCCGUGUUUGUGGACAUGAGUCAUCACAUCAAAGAAGUGGGGGCCCAGCUGGUAAAGAAAAUCAAUGCCAUCUUUCAGCUGGACAUCACCAAGAAUGGGAAGACCAUUCUGCAGUGGACCAUUGAUCUGAAGAAUGGCCCUGGGAACAUGUAUCCAGGACCCGCCAGGCUCCCAGUGGACACUGUCUUCACAAUCCCAGAGCCUGUCUUUAUGGAGCUGGUUUUGGGCAAAAUGAACCCUCAGAAGGCUUUCCUUGCUGGCAAGUUCAAAGUGAGCGGCAAAGUUCUGCUUGGCCAGAAGCUGGAGAGGGUUUUCAAAGACUGGGCUAAGUACUGAGCCUGCAAAAAUACCAAGGAAACGACCAGCACUUCCCUCUGAUUAUAAUGUUGAGUGGAAAUCAUGCUUAAGCUGAAGAUUAAAACAAAAAGUAUUCAAUAUUUUUACUCAAAUUCUUCCUGUUCAAGUUUAAUUAAUUUUCCUGCUGGUGUGUAAAUUUGGAGUGAGGGUUCUAGAGCAGUAAAGAGUGUUGGAGUGUAUCACCUAAAA